UCCUCGAACUUCCACCGUCAAAAAGUCCGCCGGAAAACCUUCUCAUAUACACUUAAUUCGUCGAAAUCUCUCUCAGAUCUCUGUUGUAUAGUUCGUGAUCAGGAUCCAAGUCUACAUUACGUCUUAAGUUCUGAAAAUAUUGCAUCUUUUUUGUCUACAAUCUCCUCAGUAAUGGCUACAACUGGUUCUUUGCUGUUUUCCCGGGAACUGGGGAUCAAUAGAAGUACUGUAUAUGGCAGCCAACCUAAGGUGCACGGUUUUAUACAUAGGGAAAGAGAUAUAAGGGACACACACAUAUUUUUGCAGGCAGUCUUUCAUCCAAUACCUCGCUACAAGAGGCUUGGAGUGUACAUCUUUUGACCAUACGGGAAUCUAUAAAACCAGUGCCAAGUAGGUGUAACAUUUUAGUUUGUCGAUCUCUUUUCACACCAAAUGGAGGAAACCAGAUUCCUAUCUUAAAAACAGCUGCUACAGUAUUGACAAGGUCUUAUGAAGCUUUUCAUGGCCGGUCUCUUGUAGUGCAACUGAUUCCAGCUGUUGGAAUUAUUGCUUUUGCUGCAUGGGGUCUUGGACCUUUAAUGCGUGUGUGCAGGAUCCUUUUUCUGCAAAAAAGUGAUAAUAGUUGGAACAAGAGUAAAGAACAACAGGUGAUGACAUCUUAUAUUCAGCCUUUGUUGCUAUGGGGAGGUGCUGUAAUUAUAUGCAGAGUACUGGACCCAGUUAUUCUACCUUCUGCACCAAGUCAAGCUGUCAAGCAACGGCUUCUGAAUUUUGUACGUUCAUUAUCUACAGUAUUGGCGUUUGCGUACUGCUUAUCGAGCUUGAUACAGCAAACACAAAAAUUCUUUGCGGAGAAAAAAGAUCCUGGCGAUGCAAGAACUAUGGGUUAUGAAUUUGCUGGAAAAGCUGUUUAUUCUGCAGUGUGGGUUGCAUCUGUUUCAUUAUUCAUGGAGUUGCUGGGGUUCUCUACUCAGAAGUGGGUCACAGCUGGAGGGCUUGGUACUGUAUUGCUAACGCUUGCAGGCCGUGAGAUAUUUACAAAUUUCCUUUCAAGCGUAAUGAUCCAUGCAACAAGGCCGUUCGUACUAAAUGAAUGGAUUCAAACAAAAAUUGAGGGGUACGAAGUCUCUGGUACAGUUGAGCAUGUGGGUUGGUGGUCCCCAACAAUCAUAAGAGGUGAUGAUCGUGAAGCUGUUCACAUCCCAAACCAUAAAUUCACAGUGAAUGUGGUGAGAAAUCUGAGCCAAAAAACUCAUUGGCGCAUCAAGACUCACCUUGCUAUCAGCCACUUGGAUGUCAACAAAAUUAAUAAUAUUGUGGCUGAUAUGCGCAAGGUUUUGGCCAAAAAUCCUCAAGUGGAGCAGCAAAAGCUGCAUAGGCGAGUGUUCCUGGACAAUGUUGACCCUGAAAAUCAGGCUCUUUUGAUUAUGGUUUCUUGCUUUGUGAAAACAUCACAUUUUGAAGAAUAUCUUGGUGUGAAGGAAGCUAUAUUGUUGGAUCUCCUGAGAGUAAUCAGCCAUCACCGGGCUCGUCUUGCCACACCCAUUCGUACAGUGCAGAGAAUCUACCGUGAUGCUGAUAUUGAUGACGUUCCACUUUCUGAUAUAUUCACUCGUAACCGAGCAGCUGCUAACCGUCCGUUCCUACUGAUAGAGCCUUCUUAUAAGAUCAACGGAGAUGAUAAAACUAACCCUUCAUCUCGACCCGUUAGUAACCCUGAAGAGAAAGAUGCUAAGGUCAUAACAACUUCAGACCCCACACUAGAUCCUAGUCCAAAGCCAACUUCCGAACUCAAGACGUCGAAUGUCGGACCCACUACCUCGGUUCGCAACAACUCAGCAGCAAACCCAGAUGGAGAAACAUCGUCAUCAUCAUCAUCACCAUCACCAUCAUCGAGUAGUAAUACAAAGCAGGAGGGAGAGAAGCCGGUUACUCCACGAUCAUCUGCAUUGGAUGAUAACAUCGUAUUAGGUGUGGCUUUAGAGGGUUCAAAACGGAUGCUUCCCAUCGAGGACGAAAUGGGACCCACAUCCUCACCGACCCCCUCGGAGGCAAAGGAAAUGGCUAGCUGCUUAAACGGAAGUGGUGGGCCGACUGCGACUAGCGGCAAAGACCAAAAAGACGAUCAGGCUUCUUUAGGCCCCGGCACCACUUCAAGCGAACAAGAAAAGAGGUAACGUUUGGUGUCGUAGAGACCCGACAAAGCUGGUUUUUAGUAGGCUUGCAUCAUUACGAUGUAUUUAUCUCGCAGUUUGUAGGAGCUGGGAGUUUGUCACAUUGUGUAAAUUAUCGGUUAGUUUUUUGUUCCUACCGUAUCGUCUCAGCGAUAGGAUGGGUGGAGGUCCCGAGUUUGAACUGGGUCCCACCACCACCUGCUAUCGGCGCACAAUGAUAACCGUGGGACCGGUACGGUAAGGUCAAGUAUUUAUACCCUUUGUGUGGUGGUCAAUUGAUAGGAAUUGGAUAUAAAUCUUGAUUGGAAUGA